CUUUUCUUCGGCUCCUGGCUCAGCGGACCUGCAGAUGGUGUAUUUGCCUCGCUUCUCCUGCAAAGGCUCCUUUCCCACCAGAGCUGGAAUUAUCUCCACGUGGAAUAUCUACUCUGGAACGACGGCUUCGGAUUAGCGGCUCCGUGUGUGAACGCUUGGCCUUCACAUUCAAGAAUCAACUUUCAAGGGAAGGCAAGCCCUUUCUCCCCCCACCCCACUCCCAAGCAAGUAACUCCUGGGCUCACUUCACUGCUUUCUCCCUUGCCUCUCCCCUCUACUGGCAGCUGGGGAGGGGGCGCUCUCCCCUUGCAGUCAGGGUCAGCAUGGUGCUAGGGGGCACUGUGCUGCAGGGAGCAGGGCGGGAGGUUCAGCAGGGGGCGCUCUCCUCUGACAGUCAGUGCUGGCCCCAAUUCCCUAGUGCGGCGCUAGGGGGCGCUGCGCUGCAGGGAGCGGGGUGGAGGGCUCUGCAGGGGGUGCUCUGCCCUGGCAGUGCUGGCCCCAAUGCAGCACUAGUGGGCGCUCUCCCCGUGACGCAGCGCUCCAGUGCGGUGCUAGGGUGUGUGAUGUGUUUACUACCGUGGGUGUGGAACAGGUGCCCGUGGGGUGGAAGGGACUUUCCUUGCUGCGUUCCGGUGUGCGCCUUUUCUUGGCCAGAGCUGCCUGCAGAGCAGACUCCAUCUUGGCCACAAAGACACCACAGCUGCAUUAAAUUGACUUUAAAACUUGAUCUAGUUACGCUGAGACAAAUAUCUAAUAUAGGUGACGGGGGAGCCAGAGGGCCAUUUCCCCCCCCCACACUUUUUACCGGCUGUAAGGUUUAGUCCAGUAGCUGCCAAGGGGAGAGGAUCCAGUGCUGGGAUCUCUGAAGUUGAUUGCUGCCUCCAAAUUGGACCCAAUUGCAGCUAGAGAGGAACUGAUCAGAGGCCAGUGCCCGCACCCCAGCCUUCAUCUGUCUCGGUGAGAGAGGAGAGAUGACAAAAGGCGAGGGUCCCAUGGAUUCAGAGCAGUCACCCAAUGAAAGAGAAGUUGAACUGCCUAACAACAAACUCCAGAGAGCUGUUGGGUGGAAAGCCCCGCUAGCCGUCGGCCUGGUAGUCAUAGUCGUGAUUGUUGCUGUUGCUGUGAUACUUCUGCACGUGAAGUCUCCUCUGGAAUCCAAGUUGCCUCCUGUCUCCACCCCAGUCCAUCUAAAUGCAAAAUUCCAUGUGCCCUGCUGCCUGGAUGGCUGGGUCGGGUACAGAGGGAAGUGCUACUAUUUCUCUGAGGCCGAGGGGACCUGGGACUCCAGUCAGAGCUUCUGCUCUUCACUCAAUGCCUCCCUGGCUUGGAUCGACACCGAGAAAGACCUGAUGUUCAUAUUGCGAUAUAAAGGCCUCUCUGAGUUCUGGAUUGGCCUGAAGCGAGUAUCGGCGCAGACCUGGCAAUGGGUGAAUGGCGAACACUUCAACAACCUGUUUACGGUACGGGGAGAAGGCGACUGUGCGUACCUGAGCGAUGACUUUGCCACUUCGUCGUGGUGCUCCACGAAGCGCUACUGGCUCUGCAGCACACCCGACGGGAUGCGGCGGGAGGACGCGAUGCCGGGGGACUGAAGGGGGAAGGCUGCGGAAACGCCUCAGGGCCCAGCUGCCUGACGCUCCAAACAUCGCUCGAUAAGAUCCUCACUAGAGUUUGACAGAUUUUUGUUGUUGUAAAUAAGUCUCUUUUCUAACCUGCUCUUUAUUGUGGGCCCUGGAUAGCCCUCUUUGUCCUGGUUGUUUUAAGUAUAGACCAGGUCUUAGUUAAACUCAUUCCUGAAUGCUGUAGUUAGACCGAUGUAACCCCCAGUGUAGACGCAGCUAAGUUGACCUAGCUACCGUCACUGGGAAGGCGGUGUUCCUACAGUGAUGGGGGAAACCCCCUUCCCCCCACUGUAGGAUGUGUCUGCUCUGGGGUUAUGCCAACGUAGUCUGCUGCCAUGUCCCCUUACUAUAGACAUGGAUUAAAACCCCUUCCCAGCUUCCCCUGCUGUUGUCUGUCAGGGUGCGUCUACACUGCAAUGGGGGUACGUGAUUACAGCAAUGAAGGUGCAGUAGCACUGGGCUAGUCGCCCAGGUUCCAGCCUGUGCUGCUGCAGCAUCAUUGCUCCAGUACUAGCUAGAUUAAAAUUAGCAUGUGUAUGUUGUAUAUCUGCAUGAAUGGCCACCAAACCCUGUGAUUGCAAUGUGGACAUACCCUCAGCUCUGCUAUGCCGGCUGAGCAGGAAGGCAGCACGGCUUGAAGACGGAUUGAGACCACAGGCGCCGACUCUGUGGGUGCUCGGGGGCUGGAGCACCCACGGGGAAAAAUUAGCGGGUGCUCCGCACCCACCGGCAGCCA